AAUCAGAUUGAAUUUCCAAAACUCAAAAAGUUAAAUCACUUAUUUUGACAAUUUUAAUUUAGAAGAGAAAACUCUUUAAUGUUUUACGAGUCUAAUCGUUUUAAAAACGAGGCAAAACACGAUGGGUGGUUAUGGAUUUCAUCAUGUCUGUCUCCGUAUUUUCGAUGUUUGUCGUCGUUAUAAAUAACUGACUCUGUUUCCAUACUUUUCUUUUCCAAGAGGCACAUCGCUGCUGACGAUUCACAAAAACUAAGGAAUAAUAAAACAUACGCUCUGUUAAUUCCAGUAAUAGUAAUGUACGGCGGAAGAAGAGUAUCACUCCAAGAUAUCAAAAGGUGUAUUUCUCAGGUUAAAGUUUCUAUGGAAAGGGAGGUUGACGACCCCAAAAACAAGCUUUAUAAAGAAUGUUACUAUGCUGGAGGCUCAAGCGAAUAUCUCACUUGCCUCAAUCCUGAUAAGAAACCACUUCAUGAGGUGCUGGGUUUCAAAAAAGAGAUGAAUGGUAUCAUCAUGGACAUUGCACUUCAAUGGUACGUUGAUGGAUACUCAGACACAAUGCUAGGAUAUGCUAAUGGCAUCCGCACCAACGAUGGUGGGACGCAUAUAGACGGUGUGAAAGCUUCGAUAACAAGAACUCUUAACAACUUUGCGAAGAAGUCCAAGUUUCUCAAGGACGAGGAUAUUACUUUCAGUGGGAAGCAUGUUAGGGAAGGACUGACUUGCGUUGUCUCAGUUAUUGUUCCAAAGCCUGAGUUUGAAGGUCAAACACAGACGAGAUUAGGGAAUCCAUAUAUCAGAGAAAUUGUCGACCAAUCAGUACAGAUGUACUUAACGGAGUAUUUUGAAUUGCAUCCAGAUGUGCUUGAGAGCAUUCUCUCCAAAUCUUUGAACGCUUACAAGACUGCAUUGGCUAUGAAGAAGGCAAGAGAUUUGAUUAGAUCAAGUAGUGUAUCAAUGCGGUGCACCAUUCCUGAGAAACUGACCAACUGCUCUUCUGAAAAACGUGAGAUCUCAAUAGGCAGAGGAAAUAGUUCUGGUGGCGCUGCAAAACAUGGUCCUCGCUCUCUUGACAGGCGUUCCCAAAGCAAAAGGACGCGGGAACAGCCUUGGAGUGACGGUGCAGUCUUUACAAUUCAUGGCAAGUCGUCAGAGGACACUAGCGACUCUAGGUUUGAGAAGAAACGCCAAAAAGUUAAACCCUGUGUUCAAUCCUCAAAACCCUGCUUUUCUUCACGGAAAACUGCUGCUGUUUCAGACCCACCAAACCGUAAACCUGCUGCUUCAAAACGACCAAACCGUACCGAUGUUAGCGUCAAGACUUUGAAUGGUGUAACCCCUGGUUCAGAAAAAACCAAACGUGCAGUUAUCCCAGUAGGUGCUGUUUUCCAGGCUGAAAUUCCUAUUUGGAUUGCGCCUACUAAGAAGGGAAAAUUCUACGGUAGUCCCGGAGAUUCCGACACUCUUAGGUGGCUAGGAACUGGUGUUUGGCCAACUUAUAGCCUAAAGAAGAAAGCUCACUACAAAAAAGUAGGGGAAGGAAGAAAGGACACUUGUUCCUAUGCUUCUUCAGGAUCAACCAAUUGCAUAAAACAACACAUUAAAGAAGCAAGGGAGCUUCUAGAGAAAGAUAUAGGGCGUGCUUUCUAUACUUGGAAGUUUGAUCAAAUGGGUGAAGAAGUGGGAUCAAAAUCAUGGACUGCCAAAGAAGAGCAAACGUUCAAAGCUCUUGUGAAAGCUAAUCCUUUGCCAAGUAAGAAAGGAUUUUGGAAACUAGCUUCCAAGGCUUUACCAAGGAAAAGUGAGAAGGAUCUCACUAGUUACUACUAUAAUGUUUUCCUCAUCAAACGUAUGAGAUUGCUUGCUAAGUCUCCUGCUGACAACAUGGAUAGUGAUGAUGACCAAAAUGAUAACUUCUUAGCUGGAUGAACAUGUCCCUUUUCCUAGUAAGCUCUUGUCAUAGGAUCCUUCUAGGGCAAAAACACAAAUCCAAUGUGUUUUUUUUUCUUCUCAAAAACUAAUACAUAUUUGUUUUCUUCUUCA